GUUCUCACAUAUGCACGAUGAUGGCACUGGCGGUGUGAGUAGCUCAGGCUCUGAAUCGAGAUACGACUGAUAGACACAUAGGGUGCAUCCAUGGGAUUUUUCCCGCUGUUCGCUCAUGCUGGGUGCCCUUCUGAUGACAUUGAGCAAUGCAAAUUCACAAAGUCUGGUAGAGCUGCAGCACCACUCAAUGAGACCAUAGAAGCCCGUGUCGGCUAUUUCGCCAUCACGCUCAAUAACAGCGUUCGUGCGGAGAUGACUGUUGCGGAGCAUGCCGCUUUGUAUCGAUUCAACUUUCCUCAGGCGUUGACCAAUGUGAAAUCAAGUCCUCUUAUCCUCGCCGACCUUACAGAUCUAUCGGAGUCCAGGAGUAAUGCAUCUAUCCAUGUCGAUAAUGUUACCGGGAGGAUCAUUGGAAGUGGCAACUUUGGUCCUUCUUUCGGUAUAGGCACGUACAACGCUUUCUUUUGCACAGACUUCUCAGGAGCUAGCAUCCGUGACACGGGAAUUUUUGUAAAUAUACGGCCUGGUCCAGGAAUCGAUCACGUCGACGUCUUUCCAGAUGGUGUCAAUCCUAGUGGGAUACCAGCAGGUGCCUGGUCUCGUUUCGAAGCGCCAGCUAACGGACAGAUCCUUGCUCGUGUUGGAGUUAGCUUCAUUAGUGUAGAGCAAGCAUGCAGUAAUGCGGAGAAGGAGUUACCAGACUUUGAUUUCGAUGGGACUGUGGAGUCAGUCGAGAAGUCGUGGGACCUGAAGCUCUCUUCUGUGGAGGUGGAUGCCAGUGCUGUAGAUGAAGAGCUACAAACUGUCUUCUGGUCUGGACUCUACAGGACUCUGAUCAGCCCUCAAGACUAUACUGGAGAAAAUCCAUAUUGGGACAGUGGUCUCAAGUACUACGACUCAUUUUACUGUAUAUGGGAUAGCUUCCGGAGCAUUCAUCCACUGAUAACGCUAGUCGAUCCAGUGGCGCAGACUGAGAUGGUUGCAAGCUUGAUUGACAUCUAUAAUCAUGUUGGGAAGCUGCCAGAUUGUCGCAUGACGUUCGACAAAGGUUUCACACAGGGUGGUUCCAAUGCUGAUAUCGUUCUUGCUGAUGCCUGGCUCAAGAAUCUUACCGGCGAUAUCGACUGGGAGAAGGCAUAUGAGGCUGUUAUCUCCGAUGCUGAAGAGGAGCCUCCAAUAUGGAGUGUCGAAGGCCGGGGCAGUCUGCACAGUUGGCACGAAUAUGGAUUUAUUCCAACAGACGAUUUCGACUACGUGGGUGUUGGAGCUCACACUAGGAGUAUUUCAAGAACAGUAGAGUAUGCGUAUGACGACUUCUGUAUCGCCGAGAUGGCGCGGGGUAUGGGCAAGUCAGACGAUAUCGGCAAGUACUUCGCACGUUCUCAUGGGUGGAAGAAUAUGUUCAAGGCGGAUCAGACUUCUGCAAUUAAUGGUACCGACACGGGCUUCGUUGGCUUUCUCCAGCCUCGGUUCAUGAACAUGACCUGGGGUUUUGAAGAUCCAAUCUUCUGUUCCGAGCUCCUGAACUUCACCAGCUGUUACCUCAAUCCUAACGGAGGCGAGACGUACGAAUCUCCGUCAUGGCUUUACACGUGGUUCGUUCCUGGAGAUAUGGCGACACUCAUAGACACUCUUGGCGGACCUGAUGUGUUUGUGAACCGACUGGACUACUUCCACGAAUACCCCAUCAUAUAUAUGGGGAAUGAGCCUUCUUUUCUUACUGUUUUCUUGUAUCACUUUGCAGGUCGACCAGCGCUCUCAGCAAAACGUGCUCAUUCAUAUAUACCGUCGCAAUUCAAUACUUCUCUCAACGGCAUCCCAGGAAACGACGAUUCUGGUGCCAUGGGCUCGUUCUCAACUUUGGCCAUGAUGGGCACGUUCCCGAAUCCUGGACAGAACGUUUACUUUAUCACGCCGCCAUUCUUUGCGGAAGUGAAGCUUAAGAACGGUGUCACCGGAAAGACUGCGACAAUCCGUAACAUCAACUUCGACCCAACAUACAAUGCCAUUUAUAUCCAGAGUGCGACCAUGGAUGGAGAGCCGUACACGAAGAACUGGAUGGACCAUGGUUUUUUCACGGAAGGAAAGACGCUAGAGCUUACCCUGGGAGCAACGGAGAGUGACUGGGGCACCCGCUACGAUGACCUCCCACCAAGUUUGAGUACAGGAGGGCCACCGAAAGGAUUGAGAGAUAUGUGAUAGGCGCUUCUGUACAGGGGAUUCUUAAGCCAACAGUCAGUAGCCUUCUCGAACGACACGUUAGUUGGAUGUUAAAGAAUAAGGAAGGUUGCCCAACACGCCAAAUAUGACACAGAUGACAAAGUCACCAAUAUGCACGACAAUGACGCGGCAUC